GUCCUAUCCUAUCCCUUUGGCGUCCCCGGCGCGGUCAAUAUCACAAACUCGGAUGUUGCACGGUUAGAACCGGGCGAGUAUCUGAACGACACGAUACUGGAGUUCGCGCUCAAGUAUUAUCUUGUACAACUGCAGAACGAGCACCCCGAUCUCGCGCAGCAAGUCCAUGUGUUUAGCUCUUUCUUCUUCAAGAAGCUUACAGAGAAGAAAGGGUGA